AUGUUCCAUACCAUCGCUCAGAAAAGGGGAUUAAGGGUAUCUGGUGUGAUGUCAAAGGCUUUGUUUCGUGUAGCUGGUGAUCUGAAAAGUAGAUUUGCUAAACAUUGUAAGUUGCUUUUACUUUCUGUGUCAUUUAAAGAUAACUUAUAUUAUAGUUAGUUCUUCAUAGGCUAAUUAAACAUAUACAGCUUUUUCUACAGUAAUAUUUAUUGCUACUGCAGUAAAUCUAAUACUUGAAACUUACGGUAAUUACAGGUAGAUGUGUUCGAAUGACUCGUAACCCGGUGAUACUGUAUGUCUUUGGCGUUAUUUGUGGUGCUUUUUUGUACUCAUACUAUCCUCUUAUCAAAGACAGUACUGUAGAUGAUGUUAUUAUCGGGUCUAGUAGCCGAGAGAGCGGGGAAGAGCAUAAUGUCAUGAUGUACAAUCAUGAUCAUGGUAAGUUCUUUAAUUUUAAAAGUGCUUGUUAUAAUAAUGCUACAUCUACUGUAUUUAUAUUGUUGUUGUUUCAGUUCUGAUAUUUUUCAGAAGAAACAGCAGUAAUCAAAGAACUCAACUCUCAAGUUCGUAUCUUAUGUUGGAUCAUGACCCACAACACAAAAAACAAUAACAUACGAGCUACUGCAGUCAAUCGUACGUGGGCCCCAAAGUGUACCAAGUAUUUGUUUGUGACUACCAAUAUGACAACUCUCCCUUCCAUAGACCUCAAUAUAACUGAGGGCAGGGGUCAUUUGUGGCAGAAGACGAAACGAGCCUUUAAGUACGUAUACGACCAUUACGGCCAAGAAUACGACUGGUUCGUGAAGGCUGACGAUGAUACCUUCUUCUACAUCGAGAAUCUGAAAUUCAUGUUGUUAGGAUAUGACUAUAGAGAUGCUUUGUUCUUUGGAUGUAGAUUCAAAGUGAUAGUAAAAGAUGGCUAUAUGAGUGGUGGAGCUGGCUAUGUUCUGAGUAGAGAAGCGGUCAGGAGAUUCGUGGAACAAGCACUGCCAGAUCCAAUAAAAUGUAAAAGUGCAGAUGUCGGGAAUGAAGAUGUAGAGAUCGGGAAGUGUCUACACAAUGUUGGGGUUACUUUUGGGGAUUCCAGGGAUAACAAGGUGCGUUAAUUUUAAUGUUAUUUUAAUUUAAAACUUUUUAAUUUUGUUUAACUUUGAGCACGGUUAGAUCAGAUAUUUUUAUUAUGCUUUUAGUAUUAAAAUACAAUAUUAAAACAAAAGUAUAUUUGGUUUGGAAAGACUGUUUAUAUACAACUUUAGGGAAAGCAUCGUAUGUUGCCAAUGCCACCUAACAUCCACUUUGACUUUCGAUUACAUAGCAAUCGUUCGGCAGUGCCAAAUUGGUUUUUCAAGUACAUAUACCAUCCAUACGAUCAGGUAAUGAUUACUCAUUAAAUGUAUAUAUAAACUACGUUUAGAUUUGUUAGUAAAAUUAAAAGAGAAAACUUUACCAUUUCUUGUGUUGGUCUACAAAAAGCUUUAGGAAAAGCUAUGUUACAAGCUUACAGUAAAAGUUUGUAAAUUGUAUUGAUAUACUCAUUUUCAUACAAAUAUUUUCAGAAAGGUGAAUGUUGUUCAGACUACAUGAUAUCCUUUCACUAUGUAGGGACUUCUCAGAUGUAUACCUUGUUUAAUUUGGCAUAUCAUGUUAGAGUGUUUGGUAUAAGUGAUGAGAACCUGUUACUGCAAGGUGAAGAUCUACGUGAUAGGAUACGAAGCUUGGCUGUUCAAGCAAAACCUUUAGGAACUUAA